UCCGCCUGAGGGGCUGCAGACCCCGGCUCCCUCGAGCGCCGCGGCUGGCUUGGCUGUUCCAUGUGGCUCCGGCAGGGAUGGAGGACUCGGUGGCGGCGGCGGCGGCUGCUGCUGCGGCGGCGACGAAGGAGCGGCUCUGAGGAGGGAACGGGGCCAGACUCAGCUCGACAGCGGGAUUAGAGCCCUCCAGAAUACACGUCAUAUAGCCCCUGAGGUGGCAUGGUGAUGUCUCCAUGAGGGAACCUCCUCUCACUCAUCCUGUCAUGUGUAUCAUCCUGUUCUUGACUGGGCCUUUCAUCUAAGAUGGGAUCUACCCUGUGAAACAGGGAGAAGACUUAUGAACCCCAAACAUCAUUUCAAGUUCUAGUUUAGUUUUUUUAACUACAGAAAAACAUACACGCAAAGCUCCUUUGCUUUGGACCCUCUGCUUUACUAAAGCUGCUGUGUUGCUAACCCAGAACUGCUCCAGUGUAUUGACUGAUCGUCAUGGCUUCAGUUUGGAAGAGACUGCAGCGUGUGGGAAAACAUGCAUCCAAGUUCCAGUUUGUGGCCUCCUACCAGGAGCUGAUGGUCGAAUGUACAAAGAAAUGGCAACCGGAUAAACUGGUGGUAGUUUGGACAAGAAGAAGCCGAAGGAAGUCUUCUAAGGCUCAUAGCUGGCAACCUGGAAUAAAAAAUCCAUACCGUGGUGUUGUUGUGUGGCCUGUUCCUGAAAACAUUGAAAUCACUGUAACACUUUUUAAGGAUCCUCAUGCAGAAGAAUUUGAAGACAAAGACUGGACAUUUGUCAUAGAAAAUGAAUCCCCUGCUGGUCGAAGGAAAGCUCUUGCUACUAGCAACAUCAAUAUGAAACAAUAUGCAAGUCCUAUGCCAACUCAGACUGAUGUCAAAUUAAAAUUCAAGCCACUGUCUAAAAAAGUUGUAUCUGCCACUCUCCAGUUUUCAUUAUCUUGCAUUUUCCUUCGGGAAGGGAAAGCUACGGAUGAAGACAUGCAAAGUCUGGCUAGUUUAAUGAGUAUGAAGCAGGCUGACAUUGGUAAUUUAGAUGACUUUGAAGAAGACAAUGAGGAUGAUGAUGAGAACCGUGUAAACCAAGAAGAAAAGGCUGCAAAAAUUACAGAACUUAUCAACAAACUUAACUUUUUGGAUGAGGCAGAAAAGGACUUGGCCACUGUGAAUUCAAAUUCAUUUGAUGAUCCUGAUGUAGCAGAAUUAAAUCCAUUUGGAGAUCCUGACUCUGAAGAACCAAUCACUGAAACCAUUUCACCUAGAAAGUCAGAAGAAUCUUUUUAUAACAGCUAUAAUCCCUUUAAAGAGGUACAGACUCCACAGUAUUUGAACCCAUUUGAUGAGCCAGAAACUUUUAUAACUACAAAGGAUUCUCCUCCCCAAUCUACAAAAAGAAAAAAUGUAAGACCUGUGGAUAUGAGCAAGUAUUUGUAUGCUGAUAGUUCAAAAACUGAAGAAGAAGAGUUUGAUGAGUCAAAUCCUUUUUAUGAACCUAAACCAUCUCUUCCUCCAAAUAAUUUGGUAAACCCAAGUCAAGAACUGGAAACUGAAAGGAAAAUAAAAAGGAAGGCCCCAGCCCCACCAGUCCUCUCAUCAAAGACAGGAGGAGUAAAUGAAAACACAGUUGUUUCUAUGGGAAGAGAUCUCUCUGCUUCUCCUAAGCCAAGUCCUAUACCAAGUCCUGUUUUGGGUCGAAAGCCAAAUGCUAGUCAGUCAUUGCUUGUAUGGUGUAAAGAAGUUACAAAAAACUACCGGGGAGUGAAAAUCACCAAUUUUACUACAUCGUGGCGAAAUGGCUUAUCCUUUUGUGCAAUAUUACACCACUUUAGACCAGAUUUAAUUGACUACAAGUCUCUGAAUCCUCAAGAUAUUAAAGAGAACAACAAAAAGGCAUACGAUGGAUUUGCCAGCAUAGGAAUUUCCCGGUUAUUGGAACCUUCUGAUAUGGUGUUAUUAGCAAUUCCUGAUAAACUGACGGUUAUGACUUAUCUCUAUCAAAUAAGGGCACAUUUCAGUGGACAAGAACUAAAUGUUGUUCAGAUAGAAGAAAACAGCAGUAAAAGUACAUAUAAAGUUGGAAACUAUGAAACAGAUACAAACAGUUCUGUUGAUCAAGCAAAAUUCUAUGCAGAGCUUAGUGAUCUGAAGCGGGAACCUGAACUCCAACAGCCUACUAGUGGAGCAGUAGACUUCUUAUCACAGGAUGACUCUGUGUUUGUAAAUGACAGUGGAGUUGGGGAGUCAGAAAGUGAACAUCAGACGCCUGAUGAUCACCUUAGUCCAAGCACAGCCUCCCCUUACUGUCGCAGGACUAAAAGUGACACAGAACCCCAAAAAUCCCAGCAAAGCUCUGGAAGGACUUCAGGAUCUGAUGACCCUGGAAUAUGUUCCAAUACAGACUCAACCCAAGCGCAGAUUUUGUUAGGCAAGAAGAGACUACUGAAAGCUGAUACUUUAGAAUUAAGUGACUUAUAUGUUAGUGAUAAGAAGAAGGAGGUGCUUACACCCUUUAUUUGUGAGGAGACAGAUAAGCAAAAGCUACAGACUCUAGAAACCAGCAGUAAUUUUGAGCAAGAAAAAUUAGAGAAUUACAGACCCUUAGAAUACAAAUCUGAUCCUGAAUCGCCUGUCAAAAAAACAAGUUUAUCUCCUACUUCUAAACUUGGACACUGCUACAAUAGAGAUGCAGACCUUACAAAGAAAAAACAUACUUCCCUGAGGCAGACAGAGUCUGAUCCAGAUGCUGAUAAAACCACUUUAAAUCAUGCAGAUCAUUCCACAAAAACAGUCCAGCAUCGAAUGUUAUCCAGACAAGAAGAACUUAAAGAGAGAGCAAGAGUUCUGCUUGAACAAGCAAGAAGAGAUGCAGCUUUAAAGGCAGGCAAUAAGCAGAAUACCACCACAGCCACACCACUCUGCAGCAGCCAGCUAAGUGAUCAGCAAGAUGAAGAGCGACGUCGGCAGCUGAGAGAGAGAGCUCGUCAGCUAAUAGCAGAAGCUCGAUCCGGAGUGAAGAUGUCAGAACUUCCCAGCUAUGGUGAAAUGGCUGCAGAAAAGUUGAAAGAAAGGUCAAAGGCAUCUGGAGAUGAAAAUGAUAAUAUUGAGAUAGAUACUAACGAGGAGAUUCCUGAAGGCUUUGUUGUAGGAGGUGGAGAUGAACUUACUAACUUAGAAAAUGACCUUGAUACUCCCGAACAAAAUAGUAAGUUGGUGGACUUGAAGCUGAAGAAGCUCCUAGAAGCCCAGCCACAGGUGGCAAAUUCAUUCUCCAGUGCUGCCCAGAAAGUUGUAACUGAGACCUCGGAUCAAGACAUUAAGAAUGGCACUGAAGAUCUCCGGACUGAACGAUUACAAAAAGCAACAGAACGUUUUAGAAAUCCUGUUGUGUUCAGCAAGGAUUCUACAGUCAGAAAAACUCAACUUCAGUCUUUUAGUCAAUAUGUUGAGAACAGACCAGAAAUGAAAAGGCAGAGAUCAAUACAGGAAGAUACAAAGAAAGGAAAUGAGGAGAAGGCGGCGAUAACUGAAACUCAGAGGAAGCCAUCAGAAGAUGAAGUGCUUAAUAAAGGGUUCAAAGACACCAGUCAGUAUGUUGUAGGAGAAUUGGCAGCACUAGAGAAUGAGCAAAAGCAAAUUGACACCCGUGCCGCGCUGGUGGAGAAGCGCCUUCGCUAUCUCAUGGACACAGGAAGGAACACAGAAGAAGAAGAAGCCAUGAUGCAGGAAUGGUUUAUGUUGGUUAAUAAGAAAAAUGCCUUAAUAAGGAGAAUGAACCAGCUUUCUCUUCUGGAAAAAGAACAUGAUUUAGAAAGACGGUAUGAGCUGCUGAACCGGGAAUUGCGGGCAAUGCUAGCCAUUGAAGACUGGCAGAAGACCGAGGCCCAGAAGCGACGCGAGCAGCUCCUGCUGGAUGAGUUGGUGGCCCUGGUGAACAAGCGCGAUGCGCUCGUUAGGGACCUGGACGCGCAGGAGAAACAGGCUGAAGAAGAAGACGAGCACUUAGAGCGCACUCUGGAGCAAAACAAAGGCAAGAUGGCCAAGAAAGAGGAGAAGUGUGUUCUUCAGUAGAUGUCAGAACAGAAUCUCUCCCAACGUUGUCGAACCGGGUCCCAGACCAGAAAAGAGUCAGACUCCUUGUCGAUCUUAAACUUCCGACGUUUUGUUCGGCUGGAUUGUACUUUACUGCCACCGCCCCUUUUCCUCCCUCCUUUCCAGAUAAUACACAGAACUCCAAAAUAUCUUUGUUUAAGGCAUUUUGUGUGUGUUAAUCAUUUCCUUGAAAUCAUGUGAAAUAGAUUUGCACAGACACCUUGUGAGUGGUUGGUAUUGAGAGUGUUCAAGAAACUGUUUUUAAAGAUUCAUUUUUCCUCAUUUCCUGAUGGGAGAUAAACAUUGUAUUGUCGUUGUUGGUGGUGGUAAUAGCAUAAUGACAGGGGGGGGGGGUAACAGGGAGGUAAGAAAAAUGUCAUGAAUGUUCCCCCACCCCGUCCUGCCAUAUGUAACACACUGUUACUUAAAUUUUAUAGUUAGAUCAUAUUCAAUCUACUUAUUAAACUGUGUUCUAUUUACCAGUGGGGUUGUCUGCAGUUGUUUUGCAUUUCACUGUAAGGAUAUAGUGUUCCCUUCCUCUGCUCUCCUCAGAGGUUGGCCCUUUAACUUAGCCGGAAACAAGCCCUGCAGUUUGAAGGUGAUCUGUGAGGAGGGGACUAACAUACAUGCAUCAGUUUACAAGGACAGUUUUACCAUCCCAGAAUGCGCCAUCUUUUUCUCUGGAUAAUUAUUUAUUAUAUCUUGCUUGGUUCCUACAUUUUGUUGGGUCUCAACAUUGGCUCAAGAAUGCUGUUAAUAUUUAUUCUGUAUUGAUAAAAAGGUUUGUCUUGCCACUAUGAGUAAAUCCCCAUUAAUAUUUUCUUCUCUAGCAUAGUACUGUCAUUUUUUGUGAAAAUGGUUAUGUUUAUUUAUUACAAUACUGAGUCAUAUAAAUUUUCAAUAAAAGCAGAAACUUUCUUAC